UCAAGACUUGUUCAAAGCUUCAAAAGACUUUCGUCGCAAUCAAGAGUUUGAGCAUUGGACUGUUGUAAGAAGAUUGAUCGAUCAUUGUUGUAUUUUACUGUCGCAUAGUUUACUUCAUAGCUUACGAUAUGUCUAGUGAGUUUCAACCAGAAACCGUAUAUGACAUGGUUGUAGUAGACCGAGAAAAUGAUGUUGGCGUAGUAACAAAGCAGUUAUUUAGGCUAUACAGUCUCCGUAAACUUGAUCGCCAUUUCAAACCAGUCAUACCCUUUGGUCCUCACCUCUUCGGAAGUGGGAAGACGAAAUUCGUACAAAGUUACUUGGAACUGGUGAAUAAUAUGGGCCAACCGAAGAGGUUUCUUGGAGAAAUUAAAAAGGGCUUCGUUGCUUUAUGUGAUUUAAGGGAGAUGAAGCCAACUCGACCCAUCGAGGAAAAACGCAACCUAAAGUGGGCAGUCUACUAUUUAUUGUACCGAUCAGCUUGUAAUCAGAUGGGUCUACCGUUUAUGAAGCCUGAUGAAGCCUACAGACACAUUCCUCCCUAUCCAAGCUUUCUAUUUCCGGAGCUACGGAAGACUUUGGGCAUUCCUUCCGAUCAAUUUCUUUUGGUAGCUUUUGAUGAACUUGGUGUGUUUGAUACAAAGGCAACUUUCUUUGAACUGGAGAAGAAUGACAAAGGUGUGGUUCGACCAUACAACGACUUUUUCGGUAUCAUUAGUCAAUUGUGCGAAGAACCCGACUUGUUUUUUAUAGUUGUUGGGAAAAGUGAAGGCUUAAAUAUAUAUAAUUACGUAGCUUCAGUCUCAAGAGUUCAGUUAGUAUUUAUUCCUCUUUCGCCGCUUGAGAAACAUAGUAUCAUGGAACAUUUGGAGAAAAGUUCUUCCUUUUUAUUCCCUGGGAGCCCAAAGGUUUCAGAAAUUCUUUGUCAUGAAGACUUCUCAACUAGUGAACUUGCAGAAUUGUUGUUGGAGUUGACUGGUGGUGUUCCUGGUUUACUUGUUCGAGCAAUCAGUUACCUUUUGCUGUAUAAAUCAUCCAACAACAAUUUCUUAUUAUCUAAGGAAACCUUCUUGAUCAUAAUGAAUGAUCUUUCAGUAACAAAUUAUUGUGUUGCGCCAUUCUUACCUCGUCUGAUAAGUCUCAGUGAGCAGCGUAAGCGCUUGUUAAGAAUGCUUACGUUAUUAUCUUUGUAUCGUAUUCGAUUUGAUUUUGAUGAAACUGUGCAAAUAAGCUCAAAUUCUGAUGUGUUUUUGUUUGAUCUAGUUACAGAUAUGUGUCUCUAUCGUCGAUUGGUUAUAGAACCAGACCGCAACGAACGCUAUGAAGUAUUGAUUCCCAAGUUACUGAUUGAAUAUAUUGACCAAGGCUUAAAGGAUGAUCGUUUAGAAUGGUUACUUUUACAGACUCUCAAGUCUCAAUUUAUGGAAUUCUUUUAUGAGUCGAAAUGUCGAAUUUUGGAAGGUCUUAUUGCUACACUGUUUUAUUUACAUUUUUUCCGGCGUCCUACAAACAGCUCAAUGUUUUCUACUCUUGGUCAAUUAUCUUGUGUUUGGAAUGAAAUGAAUUUCCAAUUUUCUUCCGAAUCUGCUGCUUAUUAUAUGAAAUCUAUACAUUAUACCAGGGCUGUAUUAGGAACAGAGAGAAUGACAUUUGGAAGCAAUGAUGAAUGGGAAAGGAUAGUGGAAGAAAUGUUAGAAUUUGAAAAGAUAUAUAUUCCGUUUCAUUCAACAUUCCAUAUUCCAGAUAUAUUAUUCAAGUUGCAUGGAAGAACGAAUGAGAAGAACUUGAUGAUUGUGGGUAUUGCUUGUAAAGGCCGAUGGAGUCUUUAUGGUAUUCGAUGGAAUGAAAUUUGGGAAGAAGCUCACAAGUUUUUGAAACCAGUUCUUGAUUAAUGUUUACUAAUCACUCUACAAUUGUUCGAUGAUAGUUUUCAUUACUCAACCGGAGAAAAAUGAAAAAAAGUCACUUGAA